UUCAGGUAAAUGAAUUAUUAGUUGUUAAUGAAUUUUAAGAGUAUAUGAUUGCCCUAACAUGAAAAGAGAACAAAAUGGAAUCAAGUCAUCUUCAAACUGAAACGAACUUGCUGCAAUUUCGAGACUUGUGCAACGGUGAAAGACGUGCAAAUGUAUCGCUACUUUUCAAGUCAUUCUGCAUGUUUACUUUGGCAAAUAUUUUACUAGUGGUAUACUUUACGGUGGAUCACCAGUGGGAGCAGAAAAAACUCGAUAAUGAAAUAGGUGCCAUUCGACGAAUGCUGCCUGAUUUGAAAUUUCCACAUAAUUAUCAGACAUGUAAUGAAGAAGGAAGCUUGUGUUCUUUAAAUCGGCAAAUUAUAAACGCAAAGAAAAGAUUCGAAACUUGUGAUGAGAAGCUGUCUUCGCUGAAAGUCAUGAAAAGCAUCACACAAGAGAAAGAGGAGAGUUUUGAUAUUUGGAAUUCGAUUCAAAGACCAUUUAUACAACUCGAAUUGGGUGGAAAUCACUCUCCUGCAGGAAAAAUGGACAAAAAGCAACAUUCACCAUAUUAUUUACGAGGGUGGGAGUCAAAUCAACCAGAUAUAUGUGUGAAUACCAGUCCUUAUCUGGUACAUGAGCAAAGAAUAAAAAUUAAAAAAGAUGGUUAUUACUACGUCUACAGUCAGGUCACGUUUGAAUGUUCCAGACAUAAUUCAGGCGUCGCACAAAUUCACACUCACACGGUAGAGUUACUGGAACGUAAGCCACAAAUAUUGAUGGUCAGUGUCUAUCAGCUAUGUGGAUAUGGAGAGCAGGGAAAAUCGAAAGUGUCCUAUCAGGGCGGAAUCUUCCAUCUGACCAAACGAAAUUAUCUUUCUGUCAAAAUUGAAAAACCAGAUGCAACAAAAGUACAUCAUCAUUAUGAAUAUCACAAAGCAUUUUUCGGUGCAUUCCUAAUUUAGAACUUUGUGAUAACGAUGUUUUAUAAAUUUUCACUAUUAGUGCUUUGAUGACAAAUUUCUAUGGAUUAUUUUAAUAAUUUUUCGAUUUUCACAUCGUAUGGUUUUGUACAUAUUUUCGAAACAAUGGCUAUUUAGUCCUAGCAUCUUCUGUAGAGAUGCUUAAUAUUUUAUUCAGCAGUUGAAUGAAUGAAAACAAUUUGUACAACAUAAAAUUAACUCAACUUUUAUCUCUCGAUGUACACGUGACUUCAUUUGAAUACCUAUAUCACAAAUCCAGAGCAACAGAAAACAAAAAAACGUUUAUAGAUAUUUCGCAAGACGACCUCGCGACAUACUACUCAACUGAUAUUGAAUUUGCAUUUAGUUUGCGCUAUUCUCUGCGUCUGUUACUGGAUAUUUAUAUAGUGUCAAAUACGUGAUGCUUAUAUAUCUACAUAGCUUAAUAUGAAGAUGAAAAUGAGGUUGCUUUUUAACAAAAAAACAUUGGAAAUACAUCUUAUUUAAGAACAGUUCCUUACGGAGGACUAUUCCCACUUCAUUUUCUCAAAAUUCGAUCAUUAACGUAUAUGAAAAAGCGUAUAAAUAAAAUAUGAAGAAAAAACAUCAGGCAAAUGAAACGUACUUAUGUAUAUAAAUAGAACAUUGGGAAAACUGACUUAUCGGAGUUUUCGUGUUAUAGAAUAGAUAAAUAAAAUUCUUAGAUAUGAAACAUCUGAUAAGAUUUUCAAAAAAGUAAAUUGAUAAGAUGUACCGAACACAUGACAUAUAAGAUUCCUUAGACAAUAUCAACAAUAAAUAUGAACCAUUUAAACUUAGCAUCAUGUAAACAAGAUAUGACUAGACACAUGAAAGGAUGCCAACGUAUAUGUCGAUUUUUAUAACAAUAAAUAUGUUGUUUAUUGUAACGAUAAAAUUUGAAGUAAACAUCCGAUGAAUACUAUGUACUUGUUUGUAACUUUUAAGAGCGAACCAAAAUCAUACGUCUGGCAAAAUGUGUUGACAAAAGUUAAUUCAUAUAGCUAUUUAAGCUGUUUAUAUUUUACGUUAGUUUGAGUUGAUUCGUUGGUUUAGAUCAGGGUGGUCCAAAGUUGUCGUCUCAAGGGGCCACAAAAUUAUUUUUGCCCUGUUCGCGGGCCACAAUAAUACAAAGAAUAGUUAAACAGUGCAAUGCAGAAAUGAAGAUUUUCAUUGUGCAUACACAUUUAUAAGUAUAUCUCACUUAACAAGCUAAAACACACAAAAGUCUUUCUAUCUUCAUUCAAUAUUUCAAACUCUUCGUAAUUUUUAUCGAUCAUUUUCUUUGAUGAAAUAACGCAAGCGUUGCGGGUUGUUUUCCUCGAUCUGUGUUAAAUGGAUAAAAAUCCAAAUUAUUCGCGUUCGAGUUUGCGUUG